AUGGAUAGAGCCGGGAGUGCUGAGCAGACGCAGGAACCUAAAGAGAUCACUGAAAGACCAAAAUGGGACAAUAAAGUUCAAUAUUUGCUAACCUGCAUAGGUUUUGCUGUGGGACUUGGUAACGUGUGGAGAUUUCCGUAUUUGUGUCAAAUCUAUGGUGGAGGGGCAUUUCUGAUUCCUUAUGUCAUUGCCUUGGUGUUUGAGGGACUCCCUCUGCUGCACAUGGAACUGGCCAUCGGACAACGGCUCCGUAUGGGAAGUGUUGGAGUGUGGAAUUCAAUCUCCCCUUAUCUUGGAGGUUUAGGUGUGGCUUCCUUGGCGGUAUCCUUCCUCGUCGGUCUGUUCUACAACAUGAUCUUGGCCUGGAUCCUCUGGUACUUUUUCCACUCCUUUCAAAGUCCACUUCCAUGGAGGGACUGCCCAUUAAACAUGAAUCAUACUGGCUAUGUAAGUGAAUGUGAGAAGAGCUCAGCAGUGAACUAUUUUUGGUAUCGUGAAACACUGAACGUUACACCAAACAUCGAGACCGGCGGGUCCUUACAGUGGUGGCUGGUGCUGUGUCUUGCAACUGCUUGGUGCCUCGUGUACAUCUGCUUCAUACGUGGAAUUGAGACUGUCGGAAAGGCUAUUUAUGUCACAGCCACCUUUCCGUAUCUCGUUCUGACCAUCUUCUUGGUCAGAUCCUUGACUCUGGCUGGGGCCACAGAUGGCUUAAUAUAUCUCUUCACUCCAAAUUGGGAAACACUGAAACGUCCUGAUGUCUGGUUGGAUGCUGCUACUCAGAUCUUUUUCUCAUUGUCUUUGGCCUUUGGGGGACUUAUUGCUUUUUCCAGUUAUAAUGUUCAGAAGAAUAAUUGUGAGAGAGACGCCCUGAUUGUUGGAUGCGUGAACAGCUUCACAUCAAUUUAUGCAUCAAUUCCUAUUUUUGCCAUUCUUGGAUUUAAAGCAAAUGAAAACUACAAUGACUGCCGAAAUUGGAACAUACUGAGAUUGACUAAUUCAUUCAACAUUGGGGAUGAAAACAUAACUCUUGAAAACUACGAUUACUGGUUAAAUCAUUUCAACACAUCUGAUCCCUCGGAGGUCGAAAGCCUCAAUCUAAAGAUCUGUGAUCUUCAGACGUUCUUGGACCAGAGCGCCUCUGGAACCGGACUGGCCUUCAUUGUGUUCACUGAGGCGGUGAUCCAUAUGCCAGGCUCUCAGGUGUGGGCGGUGCUCUUCUUUGUAAUGCUCUUCAGCCUGGGCCUGUCCUCCAUGUUUGGAAAUCUAGAGGGGGUCCUUACUCCUCUGCUGGACCUGCACAUAAUUCCAAGCUGGAUUCCUAAAGAAAUGUUAACAGGGUUAAUAUGCCUCACCUCCUUUACUGUGGCCCUCAUCUUUACUUUGGGCUCUGGAAACUACUGGCUGGAGAUCUUCAACAGCUACGUGGGAUCCAUGCCUCUGCUCAUCAUAGCAUUCUUCGAGAUCGUCAGUGUGGUGUACAUCUAUGGAAUAAGCAGGUUUAAUGACGACAUUGAAUGGAUGACAGGCCGGAGACCAAACCUCUACUGGCAGGUCACUUGGCGUUUUAUCAGUCCUUUCAUGCUUCUGGUGGUGUUUGUGGCGUACGUUGUAGAAGAGGCCGAAAAGCGACCAACAUAUAACGCCUGGAACCCAGAUUACGUGAACUUCCCCCUUGCUGAUGUUCAACACUAUCCUGAAUGGGUUUAUGUUAUCUGUGUGCUCCUAUCUGUCCUUCCUGUUGUAUCUAUUCCUCUUGUGGCUUUCUACAAAUUCAUGGGCUUCCUGAAGAAGUACAUCAUGAACAGGAACCAAAAUCCAUAUGCAAAUGAAUCAUAUCAUGAAGAAUUGUAA